UGAUCUUCGUCUUUUUUGAAGUUCAGCUAAAUCCAAACUCGAGAAAGUGAAAGCAAAAGCUUGUAUACAUUAACAACGCCGAGUUCCCGCUACAUGUUCAUCUCUACUUCUAUCGGAGUCUAAAUGAGGUACUUGUCCAAACUCCACUCUUUGGAUUGGGUUCUAUCACAAAAAUCUUAUGAUUUCCAUCACUUUAAGCUCCAACAUUUUCAUUUUUCAAUCCAUCAUAAGUCAUCACGUCUUCGCCCAUCUGCAAAAACUCAAGAAAGCCACACCAGAAGACCAGACAAAGAAGCCAAAGACAUUAGUCCCCUCUUCAAAGAAAUCAAGGAGAUUAUAGGGAAUGAGAAUCUUACCGUGGAAAAGAUUCCAUCUGGGAGUUCAGUGUCCCGAGAUACCCGCUUGAGUAAACCGAAGGUAAGGGACGAAUAUCCACUUGGUACCGAACAUGUUUGUGAGAAGGCCGCUGAGAGCAUGCAGCUCGAAAAUGCAGGCGUGAACGAUGUCAGCCCGAUUGUGCACAGGAUUACGGAGAUUAUAAGAGCUGAAAAUGAAACUGUCCCAAUGGAGGAACGCCUAGAGAAUUCGGGUUUUCUGUUUGAUCCAGAGAUUGUCGAGAAAGUGCUGAAAAGGUGCUUUAAAGUACGCCGUUUAGCUCUAAGGUUCUUCAAUUGGGUGAAGCAUAGAGCCGGGUUUAGCCACACCACCGGGACUUACAAUACCAUGAUAUACAUUGCUGGAGAAGUGAAGGAGUUUGAUCUGGUGGAGAAACUGGUUGAGGAAAUGGAGAAGAAUUCGUGCCCUAAGGAUGUGAAGACAUGGACUAUACUUAUUUCUCACUACGGGAAGGCGAAAAUGAUUGGCAAGGCCUUGCUGGUCUUUGAGAAGAUGAAGAAAUCUGUUUUUGAACCAGAUGAAAGGGCAUACAAACUGAUCAUUUCUUCUCUAUCUGCUGUGGGAAAAGCAGAUAUCGCAAUGGAGCUUUACCUCGAGAUGGUUCACAAGGACAUGGUGGUGGAUUUGAAAUUGUAUCAACAGUUAUUGAACUGCCUGUCGGGGUCUGGAAAUGUUUCCGCUGUUCGGUCACUUGGGGAUGACAUGAUUAAAAUUUAUCAGUUUCCUGAACAUACAGUUUAUUCUCACAUGCUGAAGAGUUUUUGCAUUUCAGGGAGAAUCAGGGAAGCUUUAGAACUGAUUCAGGAACUUAAGAGUAGGAAGAUAACAGUCGACUGUGGAAGUCUUCAAAUUUUGGUGAAAGGGCUGUGCAGAGCAGAUAGAAUUGCUGACGCUCUAGAAAUUGCUGAUAUUAUAAAGAAAAAUAAUGUGGUUCAUGGGAAGGUUUAUGAGAUAAUUAUCAGCGGUUACUUGAGAAAAAAUGACAUUUCUAAGGCUUUGGAAUUGUUUUCUUCUGUCAAAGAAUCUGGGCACUUACCUGCUGUCACCACUUAUACUGAGCUGAUGCAACACCUUUUCCAUGCAAAUGAUCAUCAAAGAGCCUGUGAGUUAUAUGAUGAUAUGUUAGGAAAUAGGAUUGAGCCAGAUGCUGUGGCAAUCAUGGCGGUGGUUGCAGGUCACGUUCGCCACAGCCAUGUUUCACAAGCAUGGGAAGUGUUCAGGAGUAUGAAGGAGAAAGGCUCCAAGAUUACUCAGAAAUUCUACUCAGUAUUCAUCAAAGAGCUCUGUAGAGUGUCAAGAGCGGAUGAAGCUUUCAGGCUCUUGAAUGAUAUGUGGGACUCCAAAUUAAGCAUUGGAGAUGGAAUAUUCCAUUUGGUUAUGACUUGUUUGGAGAAAGAAGGAGAACUGGAGAAAGUAAAAAUUCUAAAGCAGAUGCAGACAGCCUCUAGACUCCAAGAAGGUGAAUUAGCUGCUCUAACUCUCAAUAACCAGUCACAUUCUGGAGGGAGCAACAGUAAUUAUGAUUUAUCUGAUUCUUCAGAGCUAGGCCAGAAUGUAAACUCUAACCAAGUGCAGUCAGGAAAGACUGAGGUUCACUUCGUACAGCUGCCACCAGUGGUUUAUAACAGCCAUGAGCUUCAUAAAAUAUGUGGGAUUUUGUCAUCUUCCAUGGAUUGGUGGUUAAUGCAAGAUGCUUUGGAGAAGUGCUCUGUUCAAUUCACUCCGGAACUUGUUGUGGAGAUACUUCGUAAUUGCCAAAGACAUGGUUAUGCAGCAUUACGGUUUUUCAGAUGGGUGGGGCUGCGACCUGGCUAUAGCCAUACUGCAGAAACCUACAACAUGAGCAUCAAGAUCUCAGGAUCUGCAAAAGAUUUUAAACAUAUGAGAAACCUAUAUCUUGAAAUGAGAAGAAGUGGUUGUCUAGUAACGUCAGAAACAUGGACUAUUAUGAUAAUGCAAUAUGGUCGUGCGGGGCUGACAGAAAUAGCUCUGCAAAAAUUCAAAGAGAUGAAGGCUGAUGGUUUUCAACCGAGUGGGAGUACAUACAAGUAUUUGAUCAUCUGUCUUUGUGGGAGGAAAGGCCGGAAAGUAGAUGAGGCCAUCAGAACAUUCAGUGAGAUGAUAUGUGCUAGAUUCAUGCCAGAUAAAGAAUUGUUUGAGAUUUUUCUUGAUUGUUUGUGUGAAAUGGGUAAAUUAUCAGAUGCUAGAAGACUGACCGAAUCUUUGUGUAAAGAUGGAUUAACAAUUCCCAUUUAUUAUUCAUUGCUCGUAAGGGCUCUUUGCCGAGCAAGGAGGUUAGAAGAUGCUUUAGCAUUGGUAGAUGAAAAGUGGCAGGGACAAUCUACACUAUAUCGGUAUAUUUUUGGAAGCAUUAUUCAUGGAUUACUAAGAGAGGGAAGGUUGGAUGAUGCUUUUGCUAAGGUGGAGGAAGUGAAACAGCUAGGUAUUUAUCCAACAGUCCAUGUGUAUACAUCGUUCAUAGUUCAUUUUUUCAAGGAGAAGCAGAUGGCAAGAGCUUUGGAAAUUUUCAAGAAAAUGAUAGAUGAUGGUUGUGAACCAACCAUUGUUACCUAUUCUGCAUUGAUUCGAGGGUAUAUGGAUAUGGGAAUGGUUAGUGAUGCUUGGAGUGUCUACCGCCGUAUGACACUGAAAGGACCAUUUCCUGAUUUUAGGACUUACUCAAUGUUCAUAAAUUGUCUCUGUAAGAUCAGUAGAUCUGAAGAAGCGCUGCAGCUUAUACAUGAAAUGUUGGACAAGGGGAUUUCCCCCAGUACUGUUAAUUUCCGGAUUGUUUUUCAUGGAUUAAAUAGAGAGGGUAAACAAGAUUUAGCCCAGAGUGUAUCAAAAACAAAGUGGGUUCUCAAGAGUAAAAGAAAGUUUCUAGCAUAAUACUCAUUUACCCUUUCCAUUGCAUAGAUUGCUUGUGCCCUUUACAGUUAUUUCUUUCUGAAGUAUUCUACCUGUACAUUUUCAAUGUUAUGGUUA